AUGUACAGAAAAAGAGGAAUCCCAGAAGUGCCUAACAAAUUAGAUGAAGUACAGAUUGACAACCAAUCCACACAGAUAGAGAUCAUGAUUACUGAAGAUAUCGAAGACAAGAACAACGGUGGAUCCAGAACACAGUAG